GUUUCACACACACACACACACACACAAGCACAAAUAUAUAUUAAACACAUAAACACAGUUUUGUAUUGUUUGAUUUCAAUAAUGGUGGACAAAAACAACGGUGACAAAUAUUCCGAUCACUACAAAAUCAUUCAUGACCAAACUGGCAAUGAGUCAUCAUCUCCAGCUAGCAUGUUCUUAUUCAGCCCAUCUUCUUUUUUAUCUCCUACUACUACUUCAAGUAAUGAAGAUGGAGGAGACACCAUACAGAAAAAUCCUGAAAUGAAGAAGCAUCAUACAUGUAGUAAAACAAGUAAUAGUUUUGCAUCUAGAGUUAGAGAUCAUGUGACAAUGGGUCCGAAGUUAUCAGAGACAGUGAAGGGGAAGCUAAGAUUGGGAGCAAAAAUAAUACGAAAAGGAGGAAGGGAAAAUAUAUUCAAGGAAGUAUUUGGUGAGAAUGAUGAAGAGAAAUUAUUGAAAGCCUCUCAAUGUUAUUUGUCAACCACUGCAGGUCCAAUUGCUGGGGUACUCUUCAUUUCCACUCAAAAGGUUGCUUUUUGUAGUGACAGAUCUAUCACAUUGCGUUCACCCAACGGGGACCUAAUUCGAAAGCCUUACAAGGUAUUGAUUCCAAUAAGCAAGAUUAAAGAAGCAAACGAGAGUGAGAACGUCGACAACACGGCACAAAAGUACAUAGAAAUAGUUACGGAUGAUAACUUUGAAUUCUGGUUCAUGGGUUUUGUUCGUUAUGAAAAAGCAUUUCGUAAUCUUAGAAAGGCACUUUCUUUUGUUUCAAAGUAAUGAAACUUUUAAUUAAUCAUAUAUUAAUUGUACAAA